AUGCACUUGCUUCUUGGUGCCAGAUUAGUCAGGACACUUGUAGAAGUGCAAGAUACUAUUGAUCUGUAUCUGAGACCACGGGAAAAAUACAUUCAGCUCUUCUGAGAGAGGCAAUUCCCAAAAAUCCAUAAUUUAAUCCCACCUUUAUUUCACACCAUCUACCUGAUAUGGAGCCAUUCUGAGCUGUGUUCCAUGGCUGCACAAGUAGUAGUUUUGCUGCAGGAGUUUUGCAAUUUAUUUGCAGUCUAGUCUAGGUUGUAUCUUUCACCAGAAGAUCUUUUUAAAGGAGAAACUGAAGAAGCAGUGGAGCAUGUGAAAAUAGCUAAAACUACCUUAAAAAACUUUAAGGAUUCAUUCUGUAGUCACAGAAACAGAUUGGAGAGUUUCUUUGCCUGUGGCAAGGAAUUUAAACCAUGAGAUUUCAUAUCUGAUAUGUUGGUUUCCAGAUUUGAUAUGUUCCUCAACCACUUACUGAAGAUUGAGGUAUUCCUUACCAUCUAUGAAUUUCAAAAGCUGAAAAAGCUAGAGUUUGGUGGAAUCAAAGGGAAAAUUUUAAGCGAGCAGGUCUGCAAAAUGAAUGUAGAGUUUCUGGAAAGCUGUGAAGUUUUCAGAAAGAGAAUGUAUGAUCCUUCAGGUUGUAGUAACGUGUGUAUUGGAAAUCUUGAACUUGUCAUUUGGCUGUACAACAGACUAAUGCAGCCUACUCUGGAGGUGGAAUAUCCUCUGAUUGUAAAGGAGCUGAGAACUAUUGACCAGCUAAAAGAAGCGGAGGAAAUAUGCACGUGGAAAGGGAAACUUAAAGUAGAUUCUUCCUCAGCCUCUUGGGAGAUUUAUGUAGAGUACAUUGAUGAUGUGGCGGCCAAUGGUUCAUAUAACACCAUAAUGCAUUGUUUAGAUUUCUUUUUGAAAAAUACAGAAGUAAGUUUGAAGCCAGCUCCACUUUUUCAAGCACAAAUGAUCCUUAAUGGCCCAGAGAUUCAGUUUAGACCUUCUCUAGUUAAAGACGCUGGUGAUGGCUGUUAUGACUUAUCAGGUAAACUCCUGGAUGAUGUUUUCCAAAUGUCUGCCCAGUUGAAAACGGUAGCAGCACACCUGGGAUCAGAACACUACCAGAAUGAUAUGGACAACAUGCUUGAUCUGUCUGAAAUCAGGCAGGAGAUUAUGGAGAGAGUGGCAAAUGCCACCAACAAAGCCCUGGAGUACAAAAGAAGAUCUCUUGCUAGCUCUGUGCCUCUGGAAGACUGGUCUGAGUUUUUGAAGCAAUUCCUUCUCCAUGGUCACGGUUUAGCAUCCACAAAGAUGUCUCUUACUGUUGAAGUCUCUAAACAGUCUCCCACUAUUAAACUGUUUAAAGAACAGAUUAACAUCUAUGAAAAUGUUUAUGUUUAGACAAGCAACUGUGGAGACUCAAAAACUUUUGAAAGUUAGUUUAAAGUGGAUAUGAAGCCUUUCAAAAUGAGCUUGCUAAACAUUAUUAAGAAAUGGAGCUGGAUAUUUGAGGAGAAUCUCUUGAGAUUUGUCAUUGUUAGUCUAACUGACUUACGGGAAUUUAUAAAAGUGACAGAUGCUGGUCUCCAAAGAGAGGUGACCAAGGGAGAUUAUUGUGUGCUGGUAGAAAACAUCCAUCUCUUGGCUGUGAAGGAGAGACAGACAACUGCUGAUGAACCCUUUGAACUUUUAGAGUCGGUUGCACUUAUAGAAAGCUAUGGACAGAAGAUGCCAAGCAAAUUUAAUGCCCAGUUAGAGGUAAAUCAAGAGCUUGAGAUGCUGGAAAAAGAAAUGCCACUAAUGCAGGAAUCUGCAAAACUAUUUGAAGUACAUAUGUCAGAGUAGAAGCAAAUGAAACAAUGUCAAAAUGAAGUACAGUUGCUCAAGAAAGUUUGGGAUAUCAGUGCUUAUAUUAAUAGCAGCAUUGAUGUUUGGACUAAAACCUACUGGAGACAGAUUAAUGUGGAACAGAUGGAUGUGCAGCUCAGAAGGUUUGCCAAGGAAAUGCAGUCUUUGGAUAAAUAAGUUCAUUCCUGGGAUGUAUAUAGAGGCUUGGAGUUAAAGAUGAAGAAUCUGAUAUCAUCACUGAGACCAAUUUCAGAGUUGCAAAAUCCUGCAGAGGGACACUGCUACCAGGUCAUGAAUGUCACAGGAGUCAGCCUUUUAGUAGCAGAAGAUCUGUCAAGGUAAGAUCUUUUGAGGCUCUAGCUUCAUAAAGUAGAAGAUGAAGUCCAAAGUAUAGUUGACAAUGCUGUGAAAGAGGUGGAAACUGAAAAGAUUUUGGCAGAAAUCAGCCAUACAUGCACUACCAUCAAAUUUUCUUACGAAGAGUCUCACAGGAAUGGAGUUCCUUUAUUAAAGUCAGAUGAACAGCUGCUUGAAACUUUAGAUAGUUCAGAUGCAUUGGUGAUUGACACAGCAAAUACACAAAAUGUGAUGGAAGCUACACCAAGGCAAAGGUGUAUGCAAAAUUUGAAGCUUUGCAGCACAGCAGACUUGCUAGACAUCCUUUCAAAAUGAAUAGAGCCAAAACAGGUGACCCAUCAUCUUACCCAACUUUUUGACAACAUUGCUGAUCUUGAAUUUCAAGACAAUAUAGAGGAAUCUGUAAAUACUGCCCUUGGGAUGUACAGCAGAGAAAAGGAAUACGUUCCAUUCUAUGAAGGGUGUGGAUGCCGUGGUCAGCUAGAGUCUUGGUUGCAUCAUCUCGAGGAUAUGAUACACAAGACAGUGCCCCUCUGCAUCAUGGAGGUGAUGCUGGCCUAUGAAGAGAAGCAGAGAGAACAGUGGGUUUUUGACUACCCAGCCCAGGUUGCACCUACUGGUUCAUGAUUGUGGUGGAUUUCAGAUGCUGAAAUGGCAUUCAGUAGGUUGAAAGAGGGCUUGGCUUCAGCCCUGAAGGAUUGCCACAAGAGGCAGGUCACUCAGCUAAAUGCUCUUAUUACUGUGCUGCUUGGAGAACUUUCCUCGGGUGAUCGGCAAAUCAUGACCUUUUGCACCAUAGAUGUGCACACUGGAGAUGUUGUAGCAAGCCUUGUAAUUCAGAAGGUCAUCAGUUCCUGAGCUUUUGCUUGGCUGUCACAGCUACACCGUAGAUGGGAUGGUGCCCAGAAACACUGCUUUGCCAACAUGUGAGCUCAGUUUCGGUACUUUUAUGAGUCCUUGAGAAAUACCCCUCGGCUAAUUAUUACACCUUUGACUGACAGGUGUUACAUUACUCUAACCCAGUCUCUCCACCUAACAAGCGGUGCUGCUGCAGGACCAGCCAGCACAGUGAAAACGGAGACCACCAAAGAUCUAGGCUGUGCCCUUGGUAUGGUGGUGUAUGUCUUCAACUGUUAGCAGAUGGAUUACGAGUCUGUAGGGAAUAUCUAUAAAGGUUUGGUCCAGACAGGAGUUUGGGGAUGCGGGGAAUUAAUUUGCAUCUUUGUAGAAGUUCUGCCAGUGGUGGCAGUACAAGUAAAGACUAUCCACAAUGCAAUUAGGAACAAGAGAAAGAAGUUUUUAUUCCUUGGCGAAAACAUUACAUUGAAGUAAUCAGUUGGAAUAUUUAUUACCAUGAACACAGGAUAUGCAGGUCAGACAGAACUACCUGAAAACCUCAAAGAUCUGUUCAGACUCUGUGCCAUGGUUGUCCCUGACAUUGAACUGAUCCCUGAAAUUGUGUUGGUUGCUGAAGGGUUUAUUGAUGCACGUCUGUUAGCCAGGAUACUCUGCAGGGAGCUGCUUUCUAAACAGGACCAUUAUGACUGGGGACUUCAUGCUAUCAAGUCAGUUUUGGAAGUUGUUGGCUCACUGAAGAAGCAAGGAGACGAGAACAGACCUGAGGAUCAGGCACUUAUGUGAGCCUUAAGAGACUUCAAUUUACCUAAAAUAGUGACAGAUGAUAUCCCAAUUUUCAUGAGCCUGAUCAGUGACCUGUUUCCAGCUCUGGAUGUUCUGAGGAAGAGGAACCUGCAAUUUGAACAGAUGGUUAAACAAUCUACCCCGGAGCUUCUCUUGUAGCCUAAAGAGAGCUUUAUUCUCAAAGUUGUUCAGCUGGAGGAGCUACUGGAAGUGCGUCACUCUGUGCUUGUCGUUGGAAAUUCAGGGAAUGGGAAGAGUAAAGUGCUGAAAGUUCUGCAUCACAUGUAUGUGAACAUGAAACAAAAGCCUGUCUGAAAUUAUCUUAACCCAAAAGCUCUGACAGAUGAUGAGCUCUUUAUAUACCAUGUGACCCAAGGAUGGAAAGCUGGCAAACUAAUGAUAUACUCUCCUUUUAAAUGUCUCCUGUCAUCUCUUCGGAGAGAUCAAGUUAAUAUUACCCACGAGGGGCCAAAAUGGUUAGUUUUAGAUGGGGAUAUAGAUCCCAUGUGGAUUGAGUGUCUCAACAUUGUUAUGGUUGAUAACAAGGUUCUGACCCUUACAAGCAAUUAACAUGUGCCUAUGACUCUGUCAAUGCAUUUGCUGUUUGAGGUACACUAUUUAAUAGCUGCCACCCUAGCUACAGUACCCAGAGCUGGUAUUCUCUGUCUGAACACCCAGGACAUGCAGUGGAAUCUGCGAGUAUCUGAAAAUAUUAGCCGUAGAGAUAACCAAUCCAAAAAGGCUAAUUUGACUGUUCUCUUUGAUAAAUAUUUUCCUUUUUACUUAGAACAACUUAGAAGAAGAUUUAAAACUGUUACUUCUAUUCCUGAGAAUAGUAUGGUUCAGACACUGUCUUCUCUGCUGGAUUGCUUGCUGACCCCUGAAAAUGUGCCAAAUGAUUGCCCCAGAGAGCUCUAUGUCUAUUCUAUGUAUUUUGUCUUUGCUUGUAUUUGGGCAUUUGUUGGGGUGUUCUCUCAAGAUCAGCUUUCAGUUUACAAAGCAGAAUUCAGCUGCUGGUGGCUUAAGAAGGUGAAAGCAGAGAAGUUUCCAUCCCAGGGCACUCUGUUCAAUUAUUGCUUUGAUCCAGAGAUGAGGAAGUUCCUGCCGUGGGUGGAUAAGGUCCUGAGUCCUGAUGUGGAUCCAGAUGCACCCUUGCGGGCAAUCUUUGUUCACACAUCUGAGACUGCACAUCUCAAAUAUUUUAUUGAUUUACUCUUAACAAAAGACAAACCAGUCGUGCUUGCUGGAAAUGCCAGAGUAGGAGUGUUUGUAGGCAAUAGGCUUGCUGCUCUCUCUGAAGACUAUCUCCUGGCUAACAUCCCUCUCAACUAUUAAAUCACAACAUCAUCAGUGCUCCAGAGUAAAUGCUUGGAAAAAAAAAAAGCUGGAAAAAUAAAAGCUGGUCAUAGCUUUAGGCCAGUAGAAAAUAAGAAAUAUAUCUAUUUUAUUGACAAUUUGAAUAUACCUGAAGUGGAUACAUAUGGAAUGGUUCAGCCUCAUGCAUUGAUUGGGCAGCAUAUAGAUUAUAGACACAGAAAAGAGAAGCAGAAGGUCCGUAGCUAUUAAAUUCAUAAUUGUCAGUAUAUUACCUGUAUGAAUCCAACUGCUGGCAGCUUCAUUAUCAACCCUAGACUCCAGAGACAUUUUGCAGUAUUUGCUUUAAAAUUCCCUUCUUCAGACUCCCUGACUACCAUCUAUAGCAAGAUAGUUUGCUCUCACUUCCAGCAACAGGCUUUUACUCCAUUAGUAACCAAGAAUAUUCCAGCCAUAGUAUAAGCAGCCAAAUGGCUUCACCAGGUGGUGGUUCAAAACUUCCCACCAACUGCUAUUAAGCUUCACUAUAUCUUUAACAUGAGAGAUUUCUACAGCAUCUUCCAGGGCAUUCUGUUUACUACACCCAAUUGUUUAGAGCAACCAAAUGAUCUUCAACAUCUCUGACUUCAUGAAUCAGCACGUGUCUAUGGUAAACUGGUGAAAAACACAGACUGUAAUUUCUUUUAUAAAAUGAUGAUGGACACUAUGCACAAGUAUUUUUAAGGUACAUUGAAUGUGGAAGACCAAGUGUUGCUGCAAUCUCUGCUCAUCUACUGCCAUUUUGCAAAUGGCAGAGCACACCCUUGCUACAAGCCAGUGAAAGGGUGGGAAUCAUUGAGGAACAUACUUGAGGAGUUCCUAGAAAGCUACAAUGAAAUGCAUGCUUCCGUGAACCUAGUCUUAUUUGAGUCUAUGUUAUGUUAUUGGUUUUUUGUCAUCAGGUGCCAGAUCAGUUAUAUUCUAGAAGCCCCUACAGGAUACGCACUUCUAAUUGGAGUAGGUGGUAGUGGUAUACAAAGCUUGUCAAGGCUGGCAGCAUACAUCUGCUUCCUGGAGGUUUUCCAAAUCACACUGAAGAAAGACUACGGGAUCCAGGACCUGAGGGUAGAUCUUGCCAGUUUGCACAUCAAGACUGGUGCCAAGAACAUGCCCACAGUGUUUUUGCUGACAGAUGCCCAGGUUCCAGCUGAAUGCUUUCUUGUGCUGAUUAAUGACUUGUUGGCGUCAGGAGACGUUCCAGAUUUGUUCAGUGAUGAAAGCAUGGACGAUAUAGUUAGAGGAGUUAGAAAAUAAGUCUGAACCCUGAGCCUGAUGGACACCAGAGAAAGCUACUGGAGCCGCUUCUGGAGUAGAGUGCAGCUGCAGUUAAAAGUCGUUCUGUGUUUCUCUCCCGCCGGUGCCACGCUGGGAGCGCAAGCUGGGAAGUUCCCAGCCAUAGUUAACUGCACUGCUAUUGACCCACUCAUCCAGGACUCCAUUUGUGAUUUCAUGGCUUAUGCCCACACCAGUGUGAGUAUGCUGAGUGCCAAAUAUAAUUGUAAUGAGAGCUGGUACAAUUACACCACUCCAAAGAGUUUUCUGGAGCAAAUCAUGCUUUCUAAGAUCCUUCUAGAGAAGAAAAGCAAGGAGAUGACAGGACAUAUUGUCACAUCUGCUCAGAUGAGGGAGAUAGUGAAUGGCAUGCAGAAGCUGAAUGCAGGAGCUUUCCGGGUAGAAGAUCUAAAAUCCAAACUUGCUUCUCAAGAGACAGAACUGCAACUGAGAAAUCAAGAUGCUGAAGCUUUGAUUGCUAAGAUAAGGUUUCAGACUGAGAAAGUGAUCCAAGAAAAGACCACUGCAGAUGCAGAGGAGCAAAAGGUCACAGCAAUCCCAGAAGUAUAUCUGACACAGAAAGAAUGCGAGGAUGACCUGCUGAAGGCUGAACCUGCUCUUAUUACUGCUACAUCAGCCUUAGACACGCUUAAUAAGGUAAAGAUCAUACAGUUAGAACUGAAAGCUUUCACCAACCCACCAAUUGCUGUAAUCAAUGUUAUUGCUGCAGUAGUGGUUUUACUGGCAUAUAAAGGGAAAAUACCCAAAGUCUGCAGCCGGAAAGCCACAAAAGUCUUUAUGGGAAAGCUUGAUGACUUCUUAGAAGCUUUAAUCAGCUAUGAUAAGGAGCAUAUUCCUCAGAAUUGUCUGAAAGUUGACAAGGAACAUUACCUGAAGGAUCCAGAUUUCAACCUAAAUUAUGUUCGUACAAAAUCCUAUGCAGCAGCUGGUCUCUGUGCCUGGGUCAUCAAUAUAGUAAAAUUUUUCAAAGUGUAUUCUGAGGUAGAGCCAAAACAUUGUGCAUUGGCCCAGGCAAAUGCUGAAUUAACAGCACCUGCAGAAAAACUAGAAGCCAUCAGGAAGAAGCUUUUUGUUCUGGAUAGCAAUCUGUGUAAGAUCACAGCUUCACUCGGGAAAGCAGUUGCAGAGAAAGUCCAAUGUUAAGAUGAUGUGAACUGAACAAACAAAACUAUUGAGCUGAAUUUUGUGUCUGCCUUUGCAGGUCUAAAAACAUGUGUUGGAGCUCAGUCUGUUGAAAAACUCAAAGCACAAACCAAAACUUUAUGUGGUGAUAUCUAAUUAACAGCAGUAUUUGCGUCUUACUUUGGACCCUUCACAAAACAGUAUUGCUGGGAACUGAUGGAACAUUUCUGGAUUACUUUUCUAAAGUCACAAAAGGUUCCUAUUCCUGUGACGGAGGGCCUGGACCCAAUUGCCACAUUGACGGAUGAUGCUACGAUUGCAGCAUGGAGUAACGAGGGACUGCCCGGUGAUAGGAUGUCAACAGAAAAUGCCACUAUUCUAACAAACUGCGAGCGCUGGCCUCUGAUGAUAGAUCCCCAGCAACAGGGAAUUACAUGGAUAAAGAAUAAAUAUGGAGCUGACCUUAAAGUCGUACAUCUAGGACAGAAAGGUUUUCUGAAGACCAUUGAAAGAGCUUUGACUUGUGGAGAGACUGUACUAAUCAAAAACAUGGGUGUGUCUAUUGAUCCUGUACUUGAUCCCCUUCUUGGAGGACAUACGGUUAAAAAGGGAAAAUGUAUCAAGAUUGAAGACAAAGCAUGUGAAUUCAACAAGAAUUUCUGUCUCAUUCUUCAUGCUAAACUGGCUAACCCUCACUACAAGCCAGAACUGCAGGUUCAGACCACACUCAUUAAUUUCACUGUCACCAGGGAUGGGCUGGAAGACCAGCUGCUGGCUGAGGUUGUUAGUGCUGAAAGGCCGGACGUAAAAAAAGGUAAACUGGUCCUGGCCAAGCAGUGGAACUGUUUUAAGACUGAGCUCAGGCAGCUAGAGGACAUGCUGUUCAGCCUGUCAGCCACCCAAGGCAGUUUCUUAGGUGACAGUGAACUUGUAGACAAACUUGAAUCAACAAUCUCACUGCAGCAGAAGUACAGCACAAGCCAAAUAAAUGAAGCUCAGAUUAAUGUGACAAGAGAACAUUACAGACUGACAACCAUAAGAGCAUCCAUUCUUUACUUUGCUAGUUACAGUCUGGGCAGCAUCAAACCCAUCUACCAGUUUUCACUGAAAGCCUUCAAUGCAGUCCUCCGCAAAGCAAUUAAGCAAGCUGAAAAAUCAGGGGAUAUUCAGUGUCAUAUCUCUAACCUGACAGAAGCUGACAUGUAUUCAACCUUUCUUUUUACAAGCCAAGAACUUUUUGAAAAGGAUUAGCUCAUUUUCUUGCUCAAAAAAGCUCUUCAGAUUCUUCUAAGAAGUAAAGAGAUAGAACUUGAAUUGGAUUUCCUUCUUCAAUUCAGAGCUGAACACACUUACAAGAGUCCUGUUGACUUCUUAACUACUCAAUCAUGGAGUGCCGAUAGGGCUAUGGCAGUGAUGGAUGUGUUCAGGGGGUUAGAUAAAGAUAUUGAAAGAUCCACCAAGAGGUGGAAGAAGUGGGUGAACUCAGAAUGUCCAGAAAAGGAAAACCUCCCCCAGGAAUGGACAAACAAAAGGUCUCUUCAGAAACUGAUUGCACUGAGGGUGCUCCAUCCAGACAGAAUGAUAUACGUUCUUAGGAACUUUGUUGAAGAAGAGCUUGGCUCAAGUUAUGUGGAAAACACAAGGAUGGACUUUAUAAAAUCCUAUGAAGAUAGCAGUCCAGCCACUCCUGUGUUUUUCAUUCUGUCUCCAGGAGUAGAGCCACUUGAAGAUAUUGAGAUUACAGGCAAAACGCUUGGGUUCUCUAUAGACUCUGGAAGUCUCUCUAGGGGAGGAGAACAAGGGCAGGAGAUGGUUGCAGAGGUGGCACUCGAGAAGACUGGCAGACGUGGCCAUUGGGUUCUUUUCUAA